CUCGCUAGAUUGAGUAUUAUUGGUGCUCAGUCAACCACGAGUACUCAGCCAGUAUGGUAUCUUUUAAUAUUAAAGGAAAAGUUGCUAUUGUUACGGGUGGCGCGUCUGGACUGGGUUUACAUUAUGCUCUUGAACUGUUAAAGAAGCAAGCCAAGGCUGUUGUGAUAGCAGACGUAUCCGCCGAACUUGGACGCAAAGCUAUUGAACAGUUUGAGAGAGAGUUUGGCGCAAAAAAGGCCAUUUUCAUCAAAGCAGAUGUUACAGAUUACAAUCAAUUUGAAAAUGUGUUUAAAACAACUAUCAGCACGUUUCAAAAUGUGGACAUAUUAAUAAACAAUGCCGGCAUAUUCAAUGACUCAAUUUGGCAACAAGAAAUCGCUAUUAAUUUGAAUGGCACAAUAAAUGGAGUUCUCUUAGGGCUGGAGAAUUAUAUAAAAAACUUCAAAUCCGGAGACGAAGGGCUGAUAUUAAACAUAUCCUCUAUAGCAGCAACAGCUCCAUAUGGUCUAAUGCCCGGCUAUGUUGCAACCAAAUUUGCCAUACAUGGCCUAACAUUAUCUUGGGGUGUGCUUGAACAUUACAAUCGCACUAAAGUGCGAGUGGUCGCAAUUGCCCCAGGACUCACUGUUACUCCACUAUUAACGGAAUCCGCAAAUAAGACUUUCGGUCCAGACUAUGAGCGAUUCGCCGACUUACUGACUACACUUCCUUUGCAAAGUCCAGAAGACAUGGCUCCGCAUGUAAUGACGAUUCUUGAAAAGGCCCCAUCUGGAACGAUGUGGAUACUGGAAGGAGGAGAACCACCCUAUCAGUUUAAAAUACCCGAUCGAUUCACUGCACCCAAAAUAUUUCUUAAAUAACUCUAAAUACAAUAAACGCAAAUCAAGCAAAUGUACUUCCAAAAGUGUACAGCAACAGUGGUAAAUAAUGAAUAAACAAAUAGUUAUGGCAGUUCAAGCACCA